AUGGGACCUCCUCUGCUCACAGUCCAGAGCUCCAGGAAGGAUGGGGAGGAUCCCCUGCCCUGUGUCUGCCCCAAGUCCCACCUCACGAGUGGGCUGAGGACAAUCGCGGAGCUGCUGAACACGGGGGCCGUGUGCGGGGUCCCCACAGACACCGUGUAUGCCCUGGCAGCCUCCUGCAAGCACCCUCAGGCCAUCGAGAAGGUUUACAGGAUCAAGGACAGACCUCAAGAGAAGCCCAUCUGCAUCUUUAUUUCCAACCUGGAGCAGUUACGAGCAGCUGCCCCGCCCAUCAGCCCCCUGCUCUGGGAAUUCAUGGAAAACGUUUAUCCUGGUGGCAUUGGCUGCAUUAUCCAGAAGGGAGAGUGGCUGAAGAAGUUGGGGGUCGGAGCAGGAUACAGCAGGGUGGGAACCCAGGACAGCAUCAUGAUCCGAGUCCCUGACCUGACAGUCCUGGUGCACCUCAUUGACAUGACUGGACCCUUGGCCAUCACCUCGGCCAACCCCAGCGGGGAGGUGGACAGCACCCACCACGACAUGGUCAUCUCGCGCCUUGGCCAUAAGCUGGAGGGUGUUCUGUGUGAUGGAGAGUCUGACGAGGUGGUGGCGUCCACUGUGGUCAACUGCACAAAGAUUGAUGAAAGUGGCAUCACCAUCGUGCGGGAAGGCUGCGUCCCAGCUGGAAAAGUCAUGCAGAUCUUUGAAAAUGUGAAGAACAGAGUGGUCUGAACCAAAGGAACCUUCCCUCAGCAAAGGAACAGAGAGUCUGCUCUCCCUAAAAACAGGAGAUGUCCCAUUUUUGGCUGGAGCACAUAGCCUUGGGAGAGACAUUCCUUCUCUGAUCCACUCUUACCUCCUUAGGAAUGGCAGCACUUCCCCAGCUGGGGCCUCUCCUGGGACCUUUC